GACCGAGAUGUUCGCAGGACGAUACUAAUAUAGUAUCGUCGCUUAUGUUUUCGCUGUGACUUUUCUAGUAGUAUUUGUGCGAAAAUAACAGCUCAUUAACAGCGAAUAAUGACAGACGGUACGGGUAAUGAUGAUACGACUGCUUUCAAUACGAUAUCGGAUUCAUCCAAGGUGGAAACGAGCACAGCCGGUCCCCUUAUCCUAUAUUCAACGGCGCAAGCAUGGGCAGCGCAGUUUCACCGCAGUCUUACACGUACCAGAAUAUCGGAGUCCUCGGACGAAGAAGACUAUUCCCAAUAUCAGUUCGAAGAUGACCUCGAGUACCUGAGGUCAUUGGAUCCGAAGGAGUGGAAAGAUCAAGAUCAUUAUGCUGUCUUAGGCUUGAAAAAGCUCAGACACAAAGCGACCGAAGAUGUUAUAAAAAGGGCUUAUAAGCAGAAAAUCCUCAAACAUCAUCCUGAUAAGCGGAAGGCGAUGGGCGAGGAAAUCCGGCCAGACGACGAUUAUUUCACCUGCAUUACACGAGCCUGGGAAACAUUGGGUAGCACUAUGAAGAGACGGAGUUACGACAGCGUUGACCCUUAUUUUAACGACGAUUUACCGGACGAGAAAGACUGCAAAAACAAUUUUUACAUAAUAAUGGGCAAGGCGUUUAAAGAGAACGCCAGGUGGUCCGUGAAAAAGCCUGUACCGCGCUUGGGUGGCCCGGAUACGCCUCGAGACAAAGUAGAAAAGUUUUACUCGUUUUGGUACGACUUUGACUCGUGGCGCGAAUACUCUUACCUGGACGAGGAAGACAAAGAAAGCGGUCAAGAUCGAGAUAUGCGUAAGUGGAUCGAGAAGAAGAACAAGGCUACGCGAGCAAAACGGAAGAAAGAGGAAAUGACGCGUAUUCGCAGCCUCGUCGACAUGGCUUACAAUAUAGACCCUAGAAUAAAGAAGUUCCAACAGGAGGAGAAGGACAAGAAAACGGCGGCGAAAAAGGCAAAGCAAGAAGCGGCGAAGGCGAGACAGCAGGAGGAGGAGAGGGUGGCGAGAGACGCGGCUGAGAAAGAAAGGGUGGAAAAGGAGAAGCGAGAUAUCGAGGAAAAAGCGAAAUUGGAUGCGCUCAAGCAAGAAAGAGAGGUGCAGAAGAAAGCACUUCGCAAGGAGAGAAAAGCUUUGAGGGAUCUCUGUAAAGCUAACAACUACUUCGCGGAGAAUUCGGCGGAGAGUAUCAGGCACAUGGAGAGCGUGGAGAAGAUUUGCGAGCUGUUCAAACUCGUUCAACUGGAGGACGCUAUGAAAAAGAUACAAGCAGAUGGCAGAGUGGCGUUCCUCACCAUUGUGGAGGAAACUGAGAAGAAGAUCGAGGCCGAGCGUAGAAUCGGUGUUAUAUCCAACGACACGCGAAACACGCCGGAGAAACAAGCCAAGACUCACGUGGCUCCGUGGAACGAAAACGACAUACAACUUUUGAUAAAAGCCGUGAACUUGUUUCCGGCGGGAACGAAUCAACGCUGGGAGGUGGUGGCUAAUUUCAUUAAUCAACACAGCAGCUCUUCCGCCGGCGUGACACGCGACGCGAAGGAAGUACUCGCGAAGGCUAAAGAUCUGCAGUCAACGGACUUCAGCAAGUCUAGUCUGAAAGAGCAGGCGAACAAGAAAGCCUUCGACAAUUUCAUCGCGGAGAAAAAGGCCAAGGAGUCUGUCGAGGAUCGGAUGCCGGCUGUCACGGAACGUUUGGAUCAUCCUAUACCGAACGGUAUCGCUACCGAGCAAAAGGACGCGAAAAAGGAACCCCAGCCAUGGACACCAGCCGAGCAGAAACUAUUGGAGCAAGCUUUGAAAACUUAUCCCACGACCGUGCCCGAUAGAUGGGACCAAAUCGCAGCGUGCAUACCGACUAGGACGAAAAAGGAAUGUAUGAGAAGGUAUAAGGAGCUGGUGGAACUGGUCAAGGCGAAAAAGGCGGCGCAAGUGAUGAAAUAAUAUUAGUCGAUCUUUAAAAUGAAAAAUUUUUUUUCUAACUUAUUCUAACUCGAUAUUCAGGCGACCUCGCGAAUCAUUUCGGGUAGGAAAAUGUUCAUUGAGUUUGGAAAACGGAUGAAUUUCAGCUUUCACCGGAAUGCCAGCUAUUGUAUAUACCUGUGCCUUGCUUUAGUUUGUAUGUGCACAGUUUGUAACAAGCUAGGAAUCUUUUGCUAUUUACACGCGUCGAAACAAUCGCUGCACCCAACCGACUAUACAUUCGUGGCAAACCGUUAACCGCAUGGAAAAGUCAUUUCCCCGAGGAUUGAGUUAACGUUCUUGGAAAUACAUUUUCUUUCCUCUUCUUUUUCGUUUUCCUUCGUGCAUCGUUCCUUUCGCGACCGGAGCGAUCGGGAUUUCUUGUAAGUAAUGUAAUAUACGACGGUAUAUCAGAGCGAACGCAGUCGAGGACGAAAACGUACGCAUCCUACUUUAUAAAUAAAGACGAAUGAUAUUUCGAAAACCGCGAUGUUACUCGACCUCCAUUCUCGACAUAAAACCAGCAGCGUGAGAUGUUUGAAAUCCUUAUAUUUUAAUUUGACACAUUUUUUGACAACAUUAACAACAACAACUUUUUUCUGUUAGUUUUCGUUUUUCUUUUCUAGUCAGCAAAUACCGUGCCCAUGCAGUUCCUUUCGUCGUCUCCGCCAAUCUCGUUCGCAUACUCUUGGAACCGCAUGCACAUUCAUGUAUAUAACAUUUGAAUGCUCUCUCUCUCUCUCUCUCUCUCUUUCUCUCUGUGUUAAACAUUUCGUUUUACCAAACUUGCGUUUUACGUUUUCGGUUUUAAAACGGACGUGAAAAUUGGUUCGUCGAAGAAAAAAAUAUGACAGAUUAUUCGUGCAUUUGGUUCAUCGAUCGAUCGAUAGGUUUCAAUUUUUAUUUACUCUCGUUCGAGUAGAAUCUCGAAUGAUUUUUUCCUCAUUUUUCCAAAACUGUUGAGCACCGUUGUAAGCAGCAUGCAUUUACGGUUUCUAUUUCCGUGUAUGAAAAUUGCUCGUACGCAACAUCCACCUAUCGAUCGGUCGGCCUUCAAAAUCGCAAAUAACAGAAAGCAGAAAAGAUAAUUAUAAUCUCCGUAGAGCGUGAGCCUAGCGGCUAUGAGUCAAUUUCGGAAUCUCCGACUCGUGGUCGUGUUUUUUCCGCAAUUCCAUCGUAAGAAACAUAAACACCAAGUCUUCCGUGUUUCGCGAUCGUUCGUUUCACCCAUUCGUACAAACAAAUAAAUUCUAUUGUUUUACUUCUUGCGAACGUAACGUUUCCUUUCUCAUGAUAACGAGGUUAUUCGCGAACAAGUAUAGUACAACCAGGAAGGAAAUAAUUCCACGCAAAUAAAGCAAUCAGAGAUACGUAUGAAAACUUGUAUUCCGAGUUCGAGGAAAAUUCUUUCAUUAACACGUUAACACUAGAUUUACGAAACCUGUUAAUUCGACGAGUUUCAGGUUUUGUACAUAAAAUUAGAGAACUCAUGAAUAUGUGUUAGCAUUUUAUGUUGAAUUUGAUCGAUGUAACGAAUGAACAUAUAUCCUAACUGUAAUUGUCAACAUAUUGGGUUUGAAUAAAAAGAUGUUUAAUCAGUGUACGUAAAUCUAGUGUAAAUCCACUUAGGCGGUGAUAGAAGUCUAGUAGAAUACCCUACUUUUGUUUAAAACGUCUCAAUAAAGUCCAUUAAAAAGGUGUAAACAUA